AUGUCCAACACAACUCCCGAACACCAAUCCCAAGCUCAAGCUCAACUUCAGAGACAGUUCAAAUCCCCGACCCAUCCGUCUGUGAUCCGUGUGGUACAACAACCAGGCUCGUUUGCCUCGUACUCCGAAUCGACAACGACACAGCCCCCUGGGGCUCUGGUGGCGCGUCUCACAAGUCCACCGUUGACAUUUGUCCCCGGAAAGAGCUGGUCGACCGUGCAAGUGUCCGAGACUCAGCACAUCGAGCUGAACUGCGACUUCUUAUAUCUCAACCACAGCUGCGAGCCGAGCCUGGAGCUGCACGUGGUCCCCGACGGCGGGGAUCUGGAUAAUGCCAAACCAGUGAUCGAAGUGAGGGUUGCCGCUAGGAGGGACGAGCAUGGAAAUCCCCAGGGGAUCAAGCCAGGCGACGAAUUGACCUUUUUCUACCCCAGUACUGAGUGGAUCAUGGAUCAGCCUUUUGAAUGUCGAUGCGCGACCAAGAGCUGUAAAGGCUGGAUCAGUGGUGCGAGGGAUAUGACGCCGGAUCAGUUGCGAGGGUACUUUUUGAACGCUCACAUCGAGGACCUGAGGAGUAUUCCGAGACAAGAAGCUGGGGGGAAGGACUAG